AAUUUGUGCCAUAUUUGUGAUAUCGAAAAACGAUAAAUAUGUGGUCGAUAGCAUUGCUUUUCGAUGAAAGGUCUGAAAUAGUUGUGUUCAAGUGAGCAUUGAUCGUUUUUGGUGUGAGAUAAUUAAGACAUCCUGCUCACUGCUAGUAAGGUAAAUACGGUGCAAAAGAAUAUUUAGGAAAAAGUUGUUCUCACCAGAGCAGCGAGCCGCAGAUUUCCUUUGUUUGGCCGACGUGCAUACUUCGAAGGCUCUGCGAUCAUGCCGUAAUGGUCGUAACUCAAACAGGGUGGUAAAAAGGGUCCGAUAAAAGGAGGAAUAGUAUAUUGUAGUGACGCAAAAGCCCUGUGGCGCAGCACGAGGGUUCAUGAAGGACGCGCGCAGAAAACCACCUGGCGUCGUUCGUUCCCCCAUUCAAUCCAGUAUCGACCGACUGCCAAGUUACAAUUUCACCACGGAUUCAUACUAAUCGAAACCGAAGACCAAUAACUAAAUAUCGGGUACGAGUGCGGGGGUUCCCAAUCGAAGGGAGCAUGCGAUUUCGCAUACAGGCAGCGGAACCAAAAAGCCGCUAAAGGACACUUUGAGUCUUUAAGGAGGAUGCGAUGGUUUCGUUCGAGGAUUGGUCGGCGCCGUCGUAAAUACGGAGAAUAUAAUAUACCGGGAUAUUGCUGUUUUUGCAGUGUCAGUUGGUGUUCGACCCAUUCGGAAGGAAAUUCGAGAGCAAGUUCAUUUCCGCGCGGGGACGUUGUUAUGAACGUCCGAAGUUUUCCGGAUGGUAAGCGGUGUCGACAUCACUAAAAGCGCCGGGCGACCCAUCAAAUUAAUUAUGAUGGAAAAUAUUGGAAAGAUAAUCGAACAGCAGUCACUAUCUGAGCAAACGGUCGAUUCCUCAAAUGGCACAGCGCAUACGCACGCAGUCAUAACAGGAGGAGGCAUGGAAACGCGGGUUGUGACGACGAUGAGGGUGCUGUCACGCGCCGUGGUCGAGCGUCGUGUUGUUAAACAGGAAGAAGCCGAUGGCCCUCUCUCCGUUAUCGUGCAACCCCAAGAGGAAUCGAGGGAGUCCGAACUCCUCAGUCCAAAAUUGUCACCCAGUUCGGUCAUGAUAGAUUCGAAUGAGUACCGAAACUUGAACCCGGAACCGACUUACCAAACCCUUACCACAGUGAACGGCAGGAUGUCUCCCGCCGGCUACAGUCCCAGUUCCUCCUAUGCCACUCUUACCCCUUUGCAACCCUUGCCGCCCAUCUCCACCGUAUCCGAUAAGUUUGCUUAUGGCCAUGCCAGUAAUGUUACAGGCUCCUUCACCGUUAUGCAAAAUAACACCAUUCAGGGCAUUGUGGGACUCAAUGCAAGUACACCUUAUACCAUGAACAACAUGGAAAUGACACCUCCACACAACUAUUCUUCGCCAAGCAUGGGGAUGCAACAACAAUCUAGUCCAAUUAGUCCCCAAAGUGCGUAUAGCCAGAAUGGACUACCUUCACCUCAAAAAAGUAUGUCCCCGCAGGGUUACGAUUCUCCGUAUGGUGCCAGACAAGGUGAACUUGUGAGUCGAACUUUGAACAGUCCUCAACUCAGCCCUCCCGGCUCGGGUUCCUUAAAUUCGCCGGAAGGUACUUUAGUGACAAGUUUUAGUGGACAAACGACUUUAAAUGGUCUUGGAUUACAAAACCAUCCUCCUACGUUAGUGCAAAUUUCGGCUCCGCAACGCGACUGUUCUCCCUCACCUCCAGUGGUUACAUUGCAACAAACACCUCCAGGUAAUCAGCAUCAGCAGCCUAUUCAAAUAAAAAAUGGCAGUCCUGGAUCCUUGAAUGUUCCCACAAUAGCCAGCGAUGUCGAGGAAAUCAACACAAAAGAACUGGCCCAGCGAAUCAGUGCCGAGCUGAAACGAUACAGCAUUCCUCAGGCCAUUUUUGCCCAAAGAGUUUUAUGCAGAUCACAGGGUACUCUUUCUGACCUCCUACGGAACCCCAAGCCCUGGUCAAAAUUAAAAUCUGGCAGGGAGACGUUUCGCAGAAUGUGGAAGUGGCUUCAAGAACCGGAGUUUCAGCGAAUGUCCGCACUCAGAUUAGCUGCUGCGCAGAUACCCCAACGAGGCAGUUGCAAACGGAAAGAGGAUACUACGGGGAAUACAGAGCAGAUGCCUACCCCCAAGAAACCUCGAUUGGUUUUUACAGACCUCCAGAGGCGUACUCUUCAGGCUAUUUUUAAGGAAACAAAGAGGCCGUCAAAGGAAAUGCAGGUGACGAUUGCACGACAGUUGGGUCUGGAACCAACCACAGUUGGAAAUUUCUUCAUGAACGCUCGGAGGCGAUCAAUGGAUAAAUGGAAAGACGAAGAUCCAAAGUCAGCAGCUGCAAUGAUGCAUCAAAUGUCCCCAGGAAUGGACACUGAUGACUUAGAUCAUGAUGGGGACAUGGACAAUGAUAUGGACGAUCAAGAGGAUGUCUUGUGACAUGCAUUCAGAGAUCGUCAUUUACUACUGCUGUGACACUGAAUAUUUUGUGAAGCGCCAUAUUGUAGAGUUAGCUGUGUAGGUUCACCAAAUAAUAAUUGUGUAUUUGACUUAUUCAAUGGUUUAAAUCAAAUUUUUCACAUCAAAUUUCAUAUAAUUUUGCGCAUUUGCCCCCCAGUAUUAUGACAAUCUUUUGUAACUUUUCUUAUUGCGAAAAUCAUAACUUCUAAUGUCUAAUUUAGAGUUUUCCAAACUGUGUACCGCGGAACUUCGUGAACACGCGCGUUGUUCGUUGAACGUGAACUAGUGUUCCUUGUGACCUUCUUUUAGAUGUUAAAAUAACGUGGAAGAACGUUAUACUCAUAAAAAAUGUUGAACGUCUUUUUUUGGAGUUGAGUUGAGUAGAAAUCAACUUUAUUUUAACACAUAAAAAAUCGUCAGUUUGCAAAGUGUUCCAUUAUCGAACAAGUUUGGGAAACACUCGUCUAAUUCAAUUCGCUUCUAGUCGCACUAAUCGACUAGAACCUCCUUAUUAAAAAUCAAUCAAAGUCACAUGUGCGUUUGAACCUAGUCAGAACAAGUUUACAGAAAAAACAAUUUGGUUUUUCGAAAAAAUGAACACCGUUCACUUGUGAUUUGUAGUGAAAUCAUGUUUAGUUUACAACAUUUUCAACAACAGUCCAUUUUAUACAGUCCGGAAUAAUUUCUGCCAUAUUUUCUAAGUCAAUAUUUUUAUACGUGUAUAUUACUUUUACUUGUUUAACAAGUUCCUUUGAAUUAUUUAUUUAUUUAUUUAUUGUACAGAUAUGAUUUGUUUUAUUUGAUGAAGUCGGAAUCACCUCAGUACGAAAUUUCGGCUUUAAUAUUAGGGGCCUUGUGAUAUAACGACUUUUACUAUUUAGUUUUUUUUAACUUAUUAUUUUUGUGAUAUUUAUUUCGAAAAUUUUUAAUUUUUUCCUUAUUUUGAUGCAAAAACUACUUUGUGGAUCAAAUGAUAUCAUUAUACGUGAUAAACUGAAUUUUUGGCGAGUCAAAUUAGAAUUUUUUUGUUUGGUUGUAAUUUCUGCAUUAUUUAUAGAAUUAUUUUGAUUGAAUUACUUAGUUUAGCAUAGGAUUUUUACAUUCCAAGCUUAUUUAAAAUUUAGCUGUUUUUGAUACAAACACAUCUGUUAGAUUAUGAAUUAGCUGUAAAUAAUUAUUUUUUGUUGAUUUUGUCGGACCUUGGUGUAAAGUGUAAUAACUUAUAAUUUUUAGAUAGGUAGUGAUUAAACUUGAUCUGAAUAGUACCACUUCAAUAAAUUCUGACUCGAUUCGUUUAUGAUUAAUUUUUGAUUUUAAUUUCGAUCUGUGAUGAAACUUUAGACAUAACAGCGGAUCAGUCAAAAAUGCUACAUAAAACUGUAUACUUUGGUUGUAUAUCAAUUGUAAUUGUAUAUCAAUAUCGCUAUAUUUUGGUAACAAAACUAAAAACUAUAUUUUAGCACAAAUGAAAUCCUCUGUAGGGAAUACAGAUGCAGAUGAAUAAUAAUGUACAAAUUAACUUAUGCGUUAUGUAUCGGCGACAGAUAGAGCGAAUCUUUGCCAUAACAAACAGCAAAUUUCUCAAUAAGCAUUUGUAAAUGCAAUUGUACAAGAAUUGUAAGUAAAUAGGAAAUCAAGAUGCAACCCAGACACAACCAAGCGAUUCACUUUUAAUUUGCUUAUUCGGCCAGUUACUUUUGCAAACUGUGACCUCUGAAUUCAAUUCGCCUUUAAGUCACUUCAAUUCUUAAAUUAAAUUUAGAUUAGCAGUGAUCUUAUUAUUGUGUUAAAUACGUGACAGUGAUAGGACAUUAUAUAGAACUGUUAAAAAUCUUUGUACAUAAUCGACAACAAAAAUAUUUAUAUAAUAACUAGUAUUGUUGGGAACACUUUUUGCUAUGAAAUGUUGUAAUUUAUUCUUACUUCUAGGAAAUUAUCUGCCUUUCAGUUUUUACAAUGGAUAGAAUUACUAAAUCUACUGCUACUGGAUUAUUUGGUUAAACGUGGUGAUUGGCUAAUGCUUGUACAACGUCAAACGGAGGCUCAUCCUACCUAAGGUUGCUCUGUUUCAGUUAGAGCGCAUUUUCAAAUCCGAAUUCCUAUAUAUUUUAUUACGAGAAGCAAUCAUUCCUUUAUUGAAUCAUCAAGCUUAAUUUUUACAAGUUCCAUAUAUUUAAGCAAUCUUACAUAGCGAUGUUCAGCUGGUAUUACCUUGUACAGCCAUUUCACAAACACCUUGCUUACUUUUGUACUUCUCAUUUGAAUGUUGUGGCAAAAGAAAGCUAAAAUCACGACCUUAAUGUAUUCAUUUUACACAUGUGUAGAUCUGGUCAUGGACUAAUUUUACUGCAAAGAGCCAUAAUCAAUCCACGUAAAAUAAUCCUGUGGAUUUUACGUAAGUACCAUCCAACCAUCCUACUUGUUUUAGAAUGUUUUCUUAAAAGUUUUGGUUCGGGUUUAAUUAGAUCGGAUUCAUAGAAUUCGCUUCAUUAUCAACGUGGAAGCUUGUGGUCUUUUCUAGUACAUAUUUACCGAAGCAAAUUUCUGUUUUUUUCAAUUAUUGAUACUUUGAUGAGUUAUUAGUCUAUUUUAACUCAAAUGUUUUCUAUAAAGACAUAUUGAUUCUGUACUUGUAGAAUUUGUAUAAAUCGACAAGGAAAUAGGAAAUUUGUUUCGAAUACACAAUGAUUCUAGUCUUGUUUCGACAAUUUUAGUGAAGAACUUUAUAAUACUCGUUAGCAGUUUAUUGACAAUGGUUUCACUAGCGGCUACGGUAAAGAUCAUUUAUUGUAAAUCCAGCACAGUGUCAUAACAUCUUUUUUAUCUUUAAUAAUAGACACUACCAUGGCUUGUAAAUAAGACAGUCGUUGACGGUUUUGAUAAUAAAUUUUGAAUUGUGUCUAAGAAUGCUUUAUACGAUUUUUGCACCUGCACUUUUUUACUUGAUUAAAUCAAAGUUACUUCACUUGAAAAAACGCCGGUUUGAAGGUAACGUUCAAGUCAUUGUUUCAUCAACGGUUUACCGAACAAUAUGUAAUUUUAAUUUUAGUGCAAUAGAAAUCGUGUAAAAAUGGCAAUACCAUAUCCAUUUCCCAGUGUAGAGUGGCAUCACAAAUCUACACACAUUAAUUAUGUAGAAGUAUAGGUUGAUUAAAGAACUAAUUGAGAAUA